CCAAACGUUUUAUAAUUAGACUGUCUUACGUCAUCAGCCAGCUCCGAGAGGAUCUGUUUUGUUAGCCUCGCGGCGGCUACCGCCUCAGCAGCACAUCGCUGUCCUCCUGUACAGUCUUAGCUUUGGUAGCCCCUCUAAACAAAAACAUCUGACGGCGAGGGGAUACAGUUGCUUUGCCACUCGUCUGAAUGUAUGAAGUAAAAGUCGUUUAAUACAACCCGCACUGGUUGUUACCAGGUUCAACGAUGUCCGACACUAGUAACACUGCUACAGACAACAACGGAGAUUCGGGGCUAAACGGGUCCUGGGUUGAGUUGGAGAUGAACAGAGGCACUACAGGGUCAAUCCAGUCCUCUUCCACAGUUAGCCCUUCCUCAGGGCUCUUGCCCCUUCCCCAGGUGGAAGAAGAGGAGGCUAUAGUGGGGGCACUGGAGCACGUCCCAUCGUCAUCCUCCAUCCACAAUGGCGAUAUGGAGAAGAUCUUGCUGGAUGCCCAGCACGAGUCGAGCCGUAGCAAUUCAUCCUGUGACAGCCCUCCCCGGCCCCAUACUCCACAAGAUGAAGGGCAGAUCAUCUUCGAUGUGGAUUUGAGCAGCAGAAGAGACAGUCAAACAGAAGAUGUCUUGGACAAAGAGAGGGACAUAGACAUCUUGAUGAAGGACGCUGAUUGGGUUGCUGACUGGUCUAGUCGACCGGAAAACAUUCCUCCUAAGGAGUUUCAUUUUUGUCACCCUCGACGCUCCGUGACGCUAAGCAUGAGGAAGACUGGUGCCAUGAAGAAAGGAGGCUUCUUCUCUGCGGAGUUCCUCAAAGUCUUCAUCCCAUCGCUGCUGAUUUCACACAUCCUCGCCCUUGGCCUUGGAGUGUACAUCGGGAAGAGGUUGACCACACCCCCCACCAGCUCCUUCUAACGCGAAACUGAAGAAAAGUGCCUGAGAAGUAGCCUGGAGCCAGAGAAAGUGUUGCUGUCAUUUAAAGAGUUUCUCCUUCUUCUCCCCUGCUUGCCCUUUCCUCCCUCCCCCUUGCUGAGAUAUGACAUGUUCUCAGAAGAAAUGCAUCCUCAGCCUUACCUUAUCUCUUUUUUGACUGGCUUUUUGACACUAGAUAACCCCCUCAUAGCCACUCAUUUGUAAGAAGCUUUUCAAAGAGUGCAAAGCUAUUUCCAUAGGCUUGUUUUAGAUGUCAAAAUGGGUGGGUAAAUGGAAAACAGGGUGUGGGCAAGUGUGCUGACAGUAUUUUUAAGGUCGGGGUCCAGAAAGAUUCAGACUGCGUGUGAUUAUUCUUUCAGUUGAACAUCUUUGUAUUCAACAUAUCAUAAGUGCUAAUGAGGUCUUGAACGCUACACAGCCCUUUGCUGUUUGACUUUUUUUUUUUCCUUUUACGUCAAUUUGAAGUUACCUGAAAAUAAUUGGCAACAAAAUACGUGGGUGAAAUUGUCUAAGGUAUGGAUAUUUUGUUAGAAACGAAUUAGUGUUAUUUGUAAUUUUGACAAAAAGCACCAAAAGCCUUGCUGAUCGUUGGCAGUAUUUCCUUAAUUUUUUAAACUUGUAUCUAAUUUACAUGGUGGCAACAUUAUUUCGCACAACGAUGCUCUACUCUGUUUGAUUGCUGACUCAUGACUGACCGUAUUCAACAGCACCGAGCUUUAAGUGCUAUCUUCUAAAGUUGAAUGGGAGUAGACUUGGGUCAUUGUUAGUACUGACCUUUGACCCAUUAUCUAAAUGCCAAAUCUGUCAUAUAUGGGAAUGCAGUGUAGACAAAAUGUUAUUUUAGAGGACUUGGAUGACUCACUUUGAAGGCACAUAUGAAGGGUAAAAGUAUUCCUUCGUUUAACAAAUCUUUCAUUUCUUCAGUACUCUUAGCAACAACAUGAAAAAAAUGAACAAUUAGCAGAGUGGUGAUUUUGCUUUAGCUAUCACCAGAAUACGUUUAUCCUAACUACUCUGCUUUUUAGUUUUUACUACUUCUGCUCCUGUUUUAUGUGUAGCAGUCAAAAGGCUCAUUAUGCCUCCCUUUUUUUAAUAUAUUUGAUUGUGAAUGCACAAUGCAUGAAUCAAGUUGGACAUGUUCCAAACUAAAAAUUUGCGUUUAACUGGUCCAGAUGUGAGAAGCAACCUGGAGAGCACUCUCACACUUAGGUGGGCUAAAUCUUGUAAUACAUUUGCUUCAUUUUUCUUCUCCUAUCAAUUCAACAAAUGAUAAACAUCUUGUCAUUAAUAAAAAAAAAACCUGAAUGACUAAUUUA